AGAAGCCAUGUUCCAGUAUUUAAGGGGUGGCUACAAAGAAGAUGGAGACUCCCUUUUUACAAGCAGUCACAUGGAAAACAUAAGGGAUAAAACUGACCAAGAGAACACAGCGGCAGGAGAUAAAGACAUAAACCAGCCUUCCAGUAACCAGAGUAUACAACCAGAGAUACAAGACCAGUCCAUCUGGGGAAAUCGCACUGAUGGUGACCUCAUCAGAACACAACCUCAACGUUUGCCUCAGCCAAAUACUUCAUCACUGGAAAGGGGUGAGGAAGAAAGUGACAAAAUCCAAAAUGGCCAUGCAGGUCUGAGGAAUGGAAGUGGAAUUCACAAUGGGAUCAAACACGUGCCUGCAGACAGCAGAAAACUUUCGGCUCCUGUUUCAGAAAAAAUGCACAGAAAAAUUCAGUCCACCUUUUCUGUCAACAGCAACAGCAGCAAGAAGAGUAAAAUAAGCUCUGCAUUUUCUCAAAAGCCAGGUACUUCACCUGAAGAUUGCUGUGUUCACUGUAUCCUGGCUUGCUUGUUCUGUGAAUUUCUCACCCUCUGUAACAUUGUUUUGGGACAAGCAUCCUGUGGCAUCUGCACAUCGGAGGCCUGCUGCUGUUGCUGUGGGGAUGAGAUGGGGGAUGAUUGUAACUGCCCGUGUGAUAUGGACUGUGGCAUAAUGGACGCAUGUUGUGAAUCUUCAGAUUGCUUGGAGAUCUGCAUGGAAUGCUGUGGGAUCUGCUUCCCAUCAUGAAAUAUUUAUCCCUUUUUAAUAAAACUGGAGAGAUUUUCUUUAAAUACAUUUGAAGAAGGACAAGGUAGGAUUUUCAUACAACCAACUGGUAUUGCACUGUUAAUUCUCUCUAUAUAAUUUUUUUUAAAAAAAAGCAAUCCUCAGAUCUGUAUUCUAACACAAAUUGUGUAGUUUUGUAUGUGAAUUUUAAGCUACAUUCCAGCUUCCUUUUGACUUUGCAAAUGGAAGACUUUAUUGAAACCGAAUUAUAGGCCAGAUACCACAGGCUAUAUGAGGGCAAAAUUGCCAUUUCAACUGAGUAACAGGUUUUGGUCAGAGAAGAGACUACAGGACAAAGCCUUAAGUAUUUGCCUUUACCUACUUUAAUUUUAAACAUUUCAAUUCUGCCAUGCAUAACAUGCCCUUACAGGCAUUCUGAAAAGCAAAAUCUCUUUAUUUCAUUUUCUUUGGCUUGAAAGCAACUUUGCUCUAUUGUAAACUUCAUUCAAAAAUCAACAUUGGGAAUCUACUGUUGGUUUUGCUACAGUGGUCGCAUUGGCAAUAGUUCUUUUGUUUUGAAUAUCUCAUUGGUGUGAGAGAGAUUCCUGGUAUUUUCCAUUGUCAGUAUUGAUUCUAUGGGAAGAUUUGGCAAACUAAAGUCAGUUUAAGUUUUGCCAUGGACUACAGUACCAAGAUUUUGUUAUCAAUCAAGACAGAGUAGAAAACUUAUAUUUUAUUGCAAUACUAAUAUUACUUGAAAUGCUUCGUUUUAGAAAGAGACUUUGGAAAUUUGUGUAGACAUGAAAUAUAUCCUUAGACUAAGAGACUUACAAAUCUUCAAAAUUUGUCUAUAAAAGUGAAAUUAUCAGAAGUUAAGAAGCUAAACCUGUCAGUAUUCGUGGCUUUAGAGCCACUGUCAUAUAACUUACAUAAUAUUUAUUUCUUCAUAGUGUGAAAAACUUCCACAGAGGAUAGCAGGAUAUAAAACCAAAUUAAAACUCACUUGUUGAGGGAAUUCUGUCAUUGAAUGCAAAAAGCAAAUGCAAAAAAAUUUUGUCUCAGAUACGUUUUAAGCAUUAUUUUAAAAUAACUGUGUAAAGAAAGAACAUUUUAAAAAUUUAUGCUUUUCUUUAAAAAUAAAGGGAUUGGGAUUUAAAAUGUUUGAAAAAUACAGUUAGGAUCCAGUGGGCAACUUUAUUCCUAUUAUACCAUGAAGGUUUUCUGAGAAAUAUCUCUCUCUGUCAUUGUAAUUGUGAAAUUAAUUUGGUCCAGCACAUAAAGAGGUCUAUGGAAUUCCCAGAUUUAAGGAAUAAUGGUACCCAUUUUCUUUACCAUCUGCUAGUUUAUGUCUGUAGCUCAUUAACUUUUCUGUGUAAACCACCUACACAUCUUGAUCUAACAAACUUUCCUACCUACUUUCCAGAUUUCCCAUUUGUAGAUUGUUGGAUAUUGUAAAUUUAAGCCUUGUUACAGGAGUCAUCAAUAGCCAAUUGUAUAUUUCUUCUGAGUGAAUUGACCAUAAAUGUCUCUUUCCGCUGUAGUGAAUUCAGUUUAUGCAAAUGUGACAAGCUAAAGAUCACAGGAUUGUGAAGCUGUCAACAAAUGGUCUGAUAUUAACUAAAGCUUCUCCCUGUGAACACUGACUAGUAGUGCCUACUACUGCAAGUUAUCACUGAAGGUAACAUAGCCAAAUCCUCAACUAUACUAGACAUUUUGCCUUAACAUCUGCAAUAUUGUGGUCUAUUCUGAUGCAAUGCAGAUUUACUCAGAGGGUUUCUUAUCUGUUUUUUGAUAGUUACUACAAGAAUUGAUUCUUACCAUGUUUUGGGGUUUUUUUUUCCAUAUAUUGGGCCAGAUUCAGAUCUGUGUUGCAUAAACUAAAUGCAUUUAAGUGCAUUUCCAUUAAUGUCAGAAUUUUCCAUUGGUUUAGCUCUAUCUAGAGAGCACAAAGAUAUUAUGGUAAUAGGCAGGCUAAUAAGGAAUCAUAUAGUUAAAUUGAUAAAUUCCCUGAGCUCAGAAUCAGGCCCAUGGGGCUCAAUUAUGACUCCUAAAAGUCUGAACCACAAUGGGAAGGGGGAAGAGGUGCCUUGGUUGAGUGGCAGUGCCUGGAGGCAUUUUGCCUUUGUAAGGCAUAAUGCCUCUGGGGAAAUUGGGGGCAUCACAGUGAGCACUGGGACUUGAUGCACCUUGGAAAAAGUCUAGAUAGUGCUUCACCCAUUGCAGGUCUAUGGUUGACACCAUGGUGUUGGGGACAUGCUCUCUGGGGCUAGGCAGCACCAUGAAAUAUUCUUCCUCAUGUUCUUUUGGUCACGGAGAGGUGAAUUAUGGCUGUUUCUUGUCUGAUUGUGUUGUUGGGACAGGGAAGAGGACUUACAGUCUCUUGUCCUACCCCGAUGUCCAUGCCCUGCUGGAGAAGUUCCAGUUUUGUGCUCAGAAAACUGCAUAUUUUCAUAUCAAUCUUUGUGGGAACACUGAAUGUUAGUAAAAAUUACUUUUACCACAGGAUGAUAUAGUUUUACAAAAAAGAAAAUACCAAUCUAGGGAGUCCUUUUUCUGUAUAAAAGUUUAUCUAUACAGUUUGCUCUGCACAGACCCUUAUUUCUACUUAUAGGAACUCAGAGGUUUUUUUGAUUUACUGAAAUUGUGAAAACCUGGGAAAUGUAUUUACUAUUAAGCAUUUACUUCCAGUACUGUUAAAAUACAAUUAAUAAUUACAAGAACUUUGUUCAUGCAUAUAUGUGUAUGUGUACAGACCCUCUCUCAUACACAUGCACAUAAAUAUGCAGAUAUAUUCUAUCUUUUCCCAUUUGAUUUGUGAAAUAUUAGGAAGUGAAAAUAGUGUUUAUUAACCCUCAUAGUGAUUAGAAGUAUCAAUAUAUUACAGACAAUUGAAAAAAAUUUAAAAAUUGUGUGAUUUGUUUUACAUUUAAAUGUAAUCUGCUACUGUUUGUCAUAGAGAUAUUAGCACUUUUGUAAAAUAUAUCUUUGUAGCAGAGACUAUUAGUAUGUAGUUUAAGGAAUUCCUUUCUAUAUUUAUAUUCUUAAAUUCUGUUUUGUAAUUUUCACUCUAUAGGCAAUCUUGUAAGCACCUUGUGUAAUUAAAACAUGCAGAAUUAGAAGGAGUUAAAUGUGAAAAUAUAGUUUAAAUAAAAUUAAGACAUCAGAACUCAACUGUCUAUUUUAUAAUAGUUCUUGUGAAUUUGUACAGUGUUUCUGUAUGUAGUUCUGCAAACUGGCCCAUUUGAAAAAAUGGUAACUUGCUAUUUGUAUUUUAUAUCAACUGGAUGUGCUAUUCUCAAACACUAUUUUGAAAUAAAAGAUCUUUAUUU